UGUUCGGAGGAAGCGAGGAGCCUGGAGGAGCAAAGAAAGAAGCUCGGGAUUUAUCUCUCCUUUUAAAAUAAGAAGGAAGAGACCUCCGCCUCUCAUCCCAUGUUCCUCUAGUUUAUAUCUCCACAGAGUGCUUGAGACAUGAUGAAAACUGAACUAUGAGGAGUUUGCUGCUGGACGGCAGCUGACGGACUGAACCAUGGCUCAGUUUCCCACGCCCUUCGGAGUGGGGUCCGACACAUGGGUAAUAUCUGUGGAUGAGAGAGCGAAACAUGACCAGCAGUUCCUCAGUUUGGCCCCCACACCUGCUGGCUUCAUCACAGGUGACCAGGCCAGGAAUUUCUUCCUCCAGUCAGGUUUACCUGCUCCCAUCCUGGCCCAGAUAUGGGCUCUGGCCGACAUGAACAACGAUGGAAAGAUGGACAUGCAUGAAUUUUCCAUAGCCAUGAAGCUGAUUAAACUGAAGCUGCAGGGUCACCCUCUCCCUCCUUCCCUGCCGCCCUCCAUGAAACAGCAGCCCCUCUCCAUACCCCCACAGCCACCCUUCGGGAUGCCUAGUAUGGGUGCCAUGCCAGGCCUGCCAGCUGUGCCACCCAUGCCCUUGCCCCCUCUGCCAGCAGGUGUGUCUCCUCCGCUGGUGGCAUCAGUAGCCCCACCCGUACCAUCCCUGGCCAACGGAGCACCCGCUAUGAUACAACCUAUGACUGGAUUUUCCCAUCCAUCUGCUGGACUCAACAAAACCUCUUCGUUCAACCGUUCCAGUAUCAAACUACAGAAGGGCCAGUCUGUAGAGCUACCCAGUGCUCCGGCAGCUCCUCCGCCUGCAGACUGGGCCGUGCCUCAGUCCUCCCGGCUCAAGUACCGGCAACUCUUCAACAGCCAUGACAAAAUGAUGAGUGGUUAUCUCACAGGUCCACAGGCCAGAACUAUUCUAAUGCAGUCCAGUCUACCGCAGACCCAGCUGGCCACCAUCUGGAACCUGUCAGAUAUAGACCAGGAUGGGAAGUUGACAGCAGAGGAGUUUAUUCUGGCCAUGCACUUGAUUGACAUGGCCAUGUCUGGUCUGCCCCUCCCCCCUUUAUUGACCCCUGACCUUAUACCUCCAACAUUUAGGAGAAUUCGUUCAGGUAGUGGAGUGUCUCUGACCAGUAUGCACUCUACAGACCUACGGUCACAGGAAGAGCCUGGGGAGGAAGAAGAGAAAGAGCUAGAGAAAAAACUUCCAGUCACAUUUGAGGAUAAGAAACGCGAGAACUUUGAGCGUGGAAACCUUGAGCUGGAGAAACGUCGGCAAGCACUGCUGGAGCAGCAGAGGAAAGAGCAGGAGAGACUGGCGGCACUGGAGAAAGAGGAGCAGGAAAGAAAAGAAAGAGAACGACUGGAACAGGAGAGACGCAGACAACAGGAGCUGGACAAACAGCUAGAGAGACAGAGAGAGCUGGAAAGACAAAGGGAGGAGGAGAGACGCAAAGAGAUUGAAAGAAGAGAGGCUGCUAAGCGUGAGCUGGAGCGUCAGCGUCAGUUAGAGUGGGAAAGAGCACGUCGACAGGAGCUGCUCACUCAGAGAAACCGAGAGCAGGAGAACAUCGUCCUGCUCAAAGCCCGCAAGAAAACACUCGAGUUUGAACUGGAGGCUCUGAAUGACAAGAAGACUCAGUUGGAGGGUAAACUGCAAGACAUUCGUUUCCGACUUUCUGCUCAGAGACACGAGAUCGAGAGCACAAAUAAGACGCGAGAGCUCCGCAUUGCAGAGAUCACCAGCCUCCAACAGCAGCUGCAGGAGUCCCAGCAGUGGUUGAGUCGGUUGAUUCCUGAUAAACAGUGUCUGAAUGACCAGCUGAAGCAGGUUCAGCAGAAUAGUCUGCACAGAGACUCCUUGUCCAGUCUUCAAAGAGCCAUAGAAAUGAAGGAAUCAACCAAACAGCAGUUGAGAGAACAGCUGGAUGCUGUGGAGAAGGAAACGCGCUCCAAACUACUGGAGAUUGACGCCUUCAACACACAGCUAAAGGAGCUGCGAGAAAUCCACAACAAACAGCAGAGGCAGAAACAAAAGGAGUUGGAGGCUGACAUCACCCAGUUAUCACAUGACAGGAAGUCCACAGAGCAACAAGAGUCCAGAUUGUCAGGAUCAGAUGAGGGUGUGUCUCCGGUGUGGAGAGAUGAUGGUUUGCGUAAAGUUCCUACUCCUCCUGUGCCCCAUGCCUGGAUGAGCCGAGUGAGUGAAGAGGAGAACCAAAACAGAGCUGACAUUCAGGACAACCUCUCUAAACUCUUCACACAACAGCCAGGCAAACUGCAGGGCCAGUCCCAUUGGUCUAUGGCAGAUAAACUCCCGGUGACUGGUUUUAAUCAGGAGAAGGUAAAAGUGGUCUACUACAGAGCGCUGUACCCCUUUGAGGCCCGCAGUCAUGAUGAGAUCACCAUCCAUCCUGGAGACAUAGUGAUGGUGAAAGGGGAGUGGGUGGACGAAUCUCAGACAGGUGAACCUGGAUGGUUAGGAGGAGAGAUCAAAGGGAAGACUGGGUGGUUCCCUGCCAAUUAUGCAGAGAAAAUCCCUGAAUCUGAUGUUCCUCUUAGUCUGAGGGCCAGUGCCGCUUCUAGCUCCACCCCUAAAUUGAGCUCCCAUUUGACAGCCACACCCUUGUCGACUACUGCUUCACCCAUUCAGCCAAUCUCCACAGAGCCUCCAUCAAUAGCCCCUCCCUCUUCAGCCACAGCCCCUCCAGGCCCCGCCUCGUCCUCGUCUUCAACAUCCAGUAACUGGGCAGAUUUCAGCACUACCUGGCCGUCUAACUCUGCUGUGGAGAAGCAGGACAGCGACGGGUGGGACACGUGGCCGACUCAGCCCACUCAACCCUCACAGCCAUCCCUGUCUGUGCCCAGCGGAGGGCAGAUGAGACAGCGCUCUGCUUUCACCCCUGCCACUCUCUCUGGCUCCUCACCCUCACCUGUACUCGGACAGGGUGAGAAGGUGGAGGGUCUACAGGCGCAGUCUUUGUACCCGUGGAGAGCAAAGAAGGACAAUCACUUGAACUUCAACAAGAGCGAUGUGAUCACCGUACUGGAGCAGCAGGAUAUGUGGUGGUUCGGGGAGGUCCAGGGGCAGAGAGGCUGGUUCCCCAAAUCGUACGUCAAACUCAUCUCUGGGCCUGUCCGGAAAUCUAUGAGUAUUGAGUCUGGCUCCUCAGAAAGCCCUCCCAGUGUUAAGAGACCCAGCCCCUCUCCAAACAAACCCACAGAUCUCGGGGAAGAGUAUGUGGCCAUGUAUACAUAUGAAAGCAGUGAGCAGGGUGACCUGACCUUCCAGCAGGGUGAUAUCAUCACAGUCACAAAGAAAGAAGGAGAUUGGUGGACCGGCACAGUGAGCGGGAAGACUGGAGUUUUCCCGUCCAAUUAUGUUAAACUAAAAGAUUCUGAGGGUUUGGGAUCUGCUGGAAAAACGGGAAGUUUAGGGAAGAAACCAGAGAUUGCCCAGGUGAUUGCCCCUUACACAGCUACCGGGACAGAGCAGCUCACUUUAGCACCUGGCCAGCUCAUUCUCAUUCGCAAGAAAAACCCAGGAGGCUGGUGGGAAGGAGAACUUCAGGCAAGAGGAAAGAAGCGUCAGAUUGGCUGGUUUCCAGCUAAUUAUGUGAAAUUAUUGAGCCCCAGCACCAAUAAAACCACACCCACAGAUCCAAUCCCACCCAAGCUGCCAACACCCAAUGCAGUGUGCCAGGUGAUUGGCAUGUAUGACUACACGGCUCAAAACGAUGAUGAGCUGCCUUUCGGGAAGGGCCAAAUCAUCAACGUGUUGAGCAGAGAGGAUCCUGAUUGGUGGAAAGGAGAGCUGAAUGGUUCUGUCGGCCUUUUCCCAUCAAACUACGUCAAGCUGACCACCGACACAGACCCCAGCCAACAAUGGUGUGCCGACCUCCACCUCCUUGACAUGCUGACACCAAUGGAACGGAAGAGACAGGGUUACACACACGAACUUAUCGUUACAGAGGAGAACUAUGUCAAUGACCUGCAGCUAGUCACUGAGAUCUUCCAGAAGCCUCUGCUGGAGUCGGAAUUGUUGACGGAGAAGGAGGUGGCCAUGAUCUUUGUCAACUGGAAAGAGCUGAUAAUGUGCAACAUUAAGCUGCUCAAGGCACUGCGGGUGAGGAAGAAGAUGUCAGGUGAACGUAUGCCGGUGAAGAUGAUUGGUGACAUCCUGACGGCUCAGCUUCCUCAUAUGCAGCCAUACAUCCGCUUCUGCAGCUGCCAGCUCAAUGGCGCCACUCUCAUUCAGCAGAAAACAGACGAGGUUCCUGAAUUCAAAGAGUUUGUUAAGAGGUUGGCGAUGGACCCCGGCUGUAAGGGAAUGCCCUUGUCCAGUUUCCUGCUCAAACCCAUGCAGAGAGUCACCCGAUACCCCCUCAUCAUCAAAAAUAUUCUAGAAAACACUCCUGAAAGCCACCCGGAUCACAGUCACCUGCGGCUGGCUCUGGAGAAGGCAGAGGAGUUGUGCUCGCAGGUCAAUGAAGGUGUGCGUGAGAAAGAGAACUCAGACCGGCUGGAGUGGAUCCAGGCACAUGUGCAGUGUGAGGGGCUGUCAGAGCAACUUGUGUUCAACUCCGUUACAAACUGCCUGGGCCCUCGGAAGUUCCUGCACAGUGGUAAACUCUACAAAGCCAAGAGCAACAAGGAGCUUUUCGGCUUCCUGUUUAAUGACUUCCUGCUCCUCACUCAGAUCAUCAAACCUCUGGGCUCGUCUGGAACAGACAAAGUCUUCAGUUCGAAAUCCCACCUCCAGUAUCGCAUGUACAAAACGCCCAUCUUUCUGAAUGAGGUUCUGGUGAAGUUGCCCACUGAUCCUUCAGGAGAUGAGCCCAUAUUCCACAUAUCUCACAUCGACAGAGUCUACACCAUACGCGCUGAGAGCAUUAACGAACGGACUGCAUGGGUGCAGAAGAUCAAAGCAGCUUCUGAGCUCUUUAUCGAAACAGAGAAGAAGAAGAGAGAGAAAGCCUACCUUGUGAGGUCUCAGAGGGCUACAGGUAUUGGAAGGCUAAUGGUGAACAUUGUUGAAGGCAUUGAGCUGAAGCCCUGCCGUUCAAAUGGUAAGAGUAACCCAUACUGUGAAGUGACGAUGGGCUCUCAGUGUCACAUCACUAAGACGCUGCAGGACACCCUGAAUCCCAAAUGGAACUCAAACUGCCAGUUCUUCAUCAAAGACCUGGAGCAGGACGUGCUGUGUGUCACUGUGUUUGAAAGGGAUCAGUUCUCCCCGGACGAUUUCUUGGGCAGGACGGAGAUUCGACUGGCUGACAUUAAGAAGGACCAGGGCUCUAAAGGCCCUAUCACUAAGCGUCUGCUUUUACACGAAGUCCCUACUGGAGAAAUUGUGGUCCGACUGGACCUUCAGCUCUUUGACGAACCCUGACCCAUGUUGUGUGACCUGACCUUUUGACCCCCAGAUUCCAUAUCCGCUACUCCUCUGUGGUGAAAGCCCACCAGCCUAAUGUGACAAUCCCACUCCACCCAGUAUCAUGAGUCGCAGAGUGUGAAUGUGUGUAUUGUGCGAGUUUGCAGAAAGCUGCAACAGUCUUAAUCUGUGAUCCAGAUUAAUUUUUAUGUCCUUGGUACCAUUUAAAGACAAGUCUAGUGUGCGAGUGUAAAAGGAUGUACUGUAAUUGAAUGGUGGACAUCUCAGGAUGCUGUAAGUCUUAAAGAUUCUAUCCAUUCUGAUCAGAGAGCUACUGCUUAUAGUAAAAAUACUCCAGGAACAGGAGUGCCUCAGAACUCUUUAUUCUAGAAUGCACAGAUUCAUUCUAGAAUAAACAUGCAUUCCAAGCGAUGUGCCAUUCCAGUGAAAGUCUCAUUAUAGUCUUAAUGUUUGUUCAGCAUUUUAUUCCAUUAUUUCAGUCAUUAACACUAAAAACUAAACCCAGGUUUUGAUAAGGGAAACCUCUCUAGUGUCUAAAACAACUUGUUUAUUUGUUUUCAUUUCAUUUUUCUGAAAGAUAUUGGUGACAAUUGAACACUUGAAUGAAGUCUAGAUGUUUGUUUUUGUGGGUCUAUUAAACCUGAGCAAGUUAGGAUAAAAAAUAAUCUAAGUGUUUUGGCUGAAUAUGGCCACAAACUCUGCAAAACGAUUAUUUUAAUAUAUGCAAAAUUAAUUGGGGUAUUUUUUUUAUUUUAUAUAACAUGCACUAAAAAAAACAGACUACAAGAGUAUCUCUGAAACGCUCCUAAAAGGCCAUUAUGAUAAGCUCAAAUAUGUUCCAGCAUGAGUUUAUAAGUCUGAGCAAUAAUUCCGCAAAUUUAUUUUCAUAAAGAGAUUCUUCAAUUUUACCCUGAGUUUUUAGUUUUCAGAAUAAGCUAUUUAAUAUAUAGUGCUAUAUUUAAGUUAAUACUGCAUAACAAUUGAGUUCACAGUUCGGUUUAAUGUAUUUGAUUUUUUGUAUUGUACUGUUGUUAGGCAUAGUGAUAAACACUGUAGUACUGUCAUAUUUGUAAAAAGAGAGAUCUCAAGAGUUAAUAUUUUGUUGAACUGUGUUCUUAUUUGCUUUUCAUUGUCUGCAAAGAAUAGCAAGAUGGAAUAUAGUGUUACAGGUUUGCAAGGUUACUGUAGGUAGAAAUGGUAUUACAACAAUCAGUUCAAUCCUAAACCAGAGAGCAAAAGGGAUCAAUCGUAACCCAUAUCUACUGAAAAGUUUUCCAAAUAUGUGCAUCAUAGAAAGAGACAACUGUUUUACAUGGUAUGAUCAAAUGUGGCUGUGUGGAUUUUACAAUUUUUUGUUAGUUUACACCCCAGUUAUUGCACUACUGAGCCUGAGAAAUGUGCUGUUUCCUUUUAGACUGUAGCAGGGGAUCUGUAUCAUUACAUUUUUGUGUAUGUUGUUUGUCAAGAUGCAAAACACAUAUUAAUAUUCCACUGCUGUGCAAGUGAGAUGUCAGAGUGAUCAAGGUGAACAGCUAUUUUGGGGCCAGCAAGUCCACUUGGUCUUUCUGUGUUUGUCAAUGCGUGAGAGAGUGAUUCUGAGUGCUUUGAAUGGUUUUUGCUGGGUCACUUUCCCAAACCCCCUCUCGAAUAAUAUUUUAGAUGAUGCAAGGGGACAUGGUCACAUGUUUAUCUUCAAUCCCCUCUUCUCUUUCUAUCCUGACCUUCCCAACUUUGCCCCAUCGGAUAUCUCCCACACUGAACAUUUAAAACCAGAUGAUUUGCAAAGUCCCAUUGAUUCAACAGUAAUAUAUGUCUAUGUUUAAAUCUUUGAAUGGAGUAUAAUAUAUUACAACUUGAGAAGUAAAUAAGUUGAUGACAGUGUAUUGUUAUCAAUGUAGAAGCAGUGUGUUGUCUUAAUGUUGCAAAUAAAACUCAAUUGGA